AUGGAGCGCUUCAAAGCAGCAGAGAAAGAAAUGAAGACAAAAGCAUUUUCGAAAGAAGGCCUCAUUGCAGCAGCGAGGCUAGGGCCUGAAGAGAAGGCCAAAGUCGAAGUGUCGCAAUGGCUAACGUCUAUGGUGGAUGAGCUAUCCCGACAAAUUGAGGCAGCGGAAGCCGAGAUUGAGCAGUCAUUAGCGACGACAAAGAAGAGCAAAAAAGCGCCCGCGAAAGACGAGCAUGUCAGCUCGAUGGAACACCGGAAUGAGCGGCGCAACUGGCAUAUUUCCCGGCUAGAGAUCCUGCUUCGUAUGCUGGAAAACAGCACACUUGAAGUUGAUCAAAUUAACAGCAUCAAGGAAGAUAUCCAGUACUUCGUCGAGUGUAAUAACGAAUACGACUUUGAGGAGGACGAGGGGAUUUACGAUGAGUUUAAUCUCGACGACGAGGAGGAAGCGUACGGGCUUAAGGAUGCAGACGAUACAACAGCUGAUAUAUCGGCAUCCCCGCCACUUUCUUCUACAGCAGCUGCACCUGAGCGUUUGGUCGCAAGUCCCACAUCUGGGUCAGCCGCUACGCCAACUGCGUCGUCAUCACAACCCCCUGAGGAGUCUUCGUCAAAGUCAAUGUCUGCGGCCAAAGAAAGCAAAAGAGAAGAAAGUAUUCCCGCACCCAAGUUCAAAGAAGAUAAGAAAGUUGUGUCCGCGUCGAAAAAGACAAGCGCAUCCACGGCCGCUAGCGCCGCUGCAUCAUCCACAAGCACAACUAUGUCGUCGUCGAAUGAUGGCUUUGCAAGGGAACGAAGCUCGAUAUCUACAAGCGUGUCUGAACCAAGCCAUGACUCAGCAUCCCCUGUGCCACCGGCAGGGUCAGCCUCUCCGGCUACUGUCGCUACGCCCACGCCGAAAGUCGUAACUCCAGCAGCUGCACUUCCUCCUGUUCGUUACGCGACAGCAGCGGCAGCAGCAGUAUCAACACCGUCAACAACAGCGUCUUCUAUGCCAGCAGUUGCUUCUGGCUCCGGCACAGAGGGCGACAUGAGUAAUACGACGAGCAUCGAUGGUAAAGAAACCGUGACUGGCACCGUAGGUAGCGUACACGACGGGGCACGUCCAACGGAGGGCUCAAGACCAAGAGCACCAGGAACAACAGCUUUUGGUACUGCUGCCGGUGCUGGUGGUAGCGGACAUGGAGGGACAGGCGAUGUACGCUUACCUGACACACUGUCAGAUCUUGUGACGUCGUUUGAAUGGGCAAAGCAGAAGUCGAUGUUGCGGGAGUCGAAUUUAGCACACGCUCAACACACACUUGAUACGAGCUUUACGGGCGGUGUGCCGGAGCCGAUGGAUUCAGAGCGACCGAAAUAUUAUACGCCUAAGGAUCCGUAUCCGACGCCACAUUAUUACCCACAGGCACCAGCAGCCAUCUUUGAUAACCCUGCGCUGUAUGGCAAGUUUGAUGUCGAUACUUUAUUUUACAUUUUCUACUACCAGCAGGGGACAUACCAUCAAUAUCUGGCUGCACGCGAGCUCAAAAAGCAAUCGUGGCGGUUCCAUAAACAAUAUCUGACGUGGUUUCAACGGCAUUCAGAGCCACAGGCCAUAACAGAUGAAUAUGAACAAGGGGCCUAUGUGUACUUUGAUUGGGAAGGCUCGUGGUGUCAGCGGCGGAAGAAUGACUUUCGCUUUGAGUAUCGAUGGCUUGAGGACAACUAG